AUGGGCCCUAGUGUGUCCGCCAUUCUCAACGCUCCCAUCGAAGACUAUGACCCCCUGAAUCCCCAACCUCGACGGUUUCCCAAAGAUCGUGUUAAGCGAAUCCUCCGGCAGGUCCUCUUAGCUCUCCAGUUUCUCCAUGGUAACGGUGUUGUACACGGUGAUCUACAGUCUGGGAACAUACUCUUUGCCAUCAAGGACCUAAGCUCGGUCAAACCCGAAGUCCUUUCACAAACCGCCACAAACUCACGAAUCGAGCAUCUUCAAAGGACUGAUGGGAAGGUUGACCUAUGGGCGCCCAGCUAUCUGGCUGUGGGCAUGCCACUGUCCGACUUUGUUCUGGAAGGAGAUGACGAGAUCGUGAAGAUUAUUGACAUGGGCGGGGCCUUCAUGGAGAGCAACCCUCCUGAUAGGGUCGUGACUCCGGCUUCCCUCAGGGCCCCAGAAUCAAUUCUUGGUUGUUCCGUCGGAAAGGGCAUUGACGUCUGGAGCUUCGGGUGCAUUCUCUUCGAGCUUCUAACAGGAUUGCCACUAUUCCAGAUACCGCCCCUGAACGACAGUGAUGAGUUGAUUAACGAUGAUCACCUGAUCCAACUCACUGACAUUAUUGGGCCUCUACCUGAGGGCCUACUCUUGCGAUGGACGCGAGCUAGCAAAUACUAUGACGCCAAUGGUGGGCGGCUCGAUGCCUGGCCCUGGGACUUCGACAUGCAUGAGGGCUCUGACGGAGGAUCAGACACUCGCCUUUCGAAUAACGGGGAGAAUGAAAGUGACACAGAAAAGACUGAAGACGAGUCCGCCGAUGACGACAUGGAUGACUGGUCCGUUGGAGAACGUGACCCACCCAAACCUCACGACUCAUUAGAGGUUCUCUUCCAUACGAAUAAAGCACCGGACAUUAGUGAGGAAGAAGAGAAGAUGAUUGUGUCGCUACUAGUGCUCAUUUUCCGAUAUAAUCCCCAUGAGCGGCCGACUAUCACCAAACUGCUUGAUCAUCGGUGGUUUAACAAAGCCUAA